CGUUUUUCUUCAGAAUCAAAACCACCAGUAAAAGCGUUUUCACUUUCAUCCCUCUUCUUCUUCUUUCUUCAUCAGAGAACUGUUUGAAGAUUUGAAGAUAUUCUCACUCUUAGCGUUUGUUUUGAUUCAAAUGGCAACCAGCAUGAUGAAGUUUGUGGCUCUUUUACUUUUGGCACUCUUUGCCAUCUCCAUGAUCGAAUCUACCCAGGUUUUGGCCAGAGGAAAUAAUUAUGGACCAGGAACCGUGCAACCAUCCCAAUGCAAUGCGAGAUGCUCGACGAGGUGUAGCAAGACAAAGCACCAUUUCCCGUUUUGCAUGGAAUCCUGCAUGCCCUGCUGCAAGAGAUGUGCCUGUGUGCCACCAGGCUUUUCUGGUAACAAGCCUGUUUGCCCUUGUUACAACAACAUGAAGACCCACAGAGGAACACCAAAGUGCCCAUAAGUAAAUGAAGAAGAUCAUGAUCUUGGCUCUUACUUGAUCCACAUUAAUCUUAAGUGUCUUCGGUUAAUUAGAUCAUAUCUACUAUAUAACUACUUAAUUACCAGUAUACUAAUAUACUAUUAGUAAUGUUUGUUUUUAUGUAAUCCAUUCAGUGAUCUAUCAAAAUGCUCAAUCACUGUUGAGUUUAUUUGUGGUUUCCGCUUAGUUGAUCUGCAUCAACUUAUAGUAUUUCGUAAAGGGGAAUCAUGUCACUCCGGGGAGUAUUAAAUGGUUUUGUAAUAUAUACUCAAAAUGAGAGUGGGCAUAAAUGGUUUUCUCUGUGCCUGGUACUGAAAUACCCGAACACCCCAUCUGUUUGUCCUCUUAGUUCUACUGUGAUCAAUUCUCUUCUUAUUAGUCUAAUGCGGUGAAUCUGUAUGCUUCAA